AUUCCCAAAACUCAACAGAAGACUGACUGAAAAGCUGGUUGCCAUUUCGCAGAAUAAAGAUCAGCUUUAGUAAAAUCGUUUAGUAACACAGAAUCGGGUGUUACGAAUUAGAUGUGAAAACAAAAUGUGGCCAUAAACCAGUCAUAAUUUUUAACCUUUUGGUUUUUUUUCCUACUUUUUUCACCAAAUCUUGUGGAAUUUUCAAAGGUGGUUCUUGUCGAGUUUCGACUUGACCACAACCCAACUUCAUCACCAUUUGCAUCCAGAAGUUGACACUUGCAAUGGAGGUCUCCUCUAGCACUGUGACCUCCACUCCGCAAGAAACCAUUGAACAGAUGUUGCCUCAAACAACAACUUUAACUGCUCCCAUAUCAUUGGUUGGUGGGACUGAUGUCUCUACCUCCAGUGGAGAAGCUGAUGGUUUGAACAACACUGUUACUACUGACAUAGGAGUUGGGACUAUAGAACCAGUGCGCUAUGGGCCAUCUCUGCCUCCAAGUUUUUACCCAACAGAAGCUAUUGGAUAUUCUAAAGAUGUCAGAGAUUCUAAAGCUGUACAUGGAUCUUGCGGAUUGUACAAUCUAGGGAACACGUGCUUCAUGAAUUCUGGCUUACAAAGCCUGAUGAGUUGUGCUCCUCUAGUCAAGUACUUCUGUGACAACUAUACAAUAACUGAAGAAAAUCGUCACACACUCUCUGCUCAAUUCUAUAUCCUCUUGUGUAAGAUGUGGAGUGGCCAGUACUCCGUGGUACAUCCCAGAAAAUUUAAAGAAUUUUUAGGCUUCUACCAUUCACAGUUUGAAGACUACAGACAGCAUGAUUGUCAAGAAUUUUUGGCUCUGCUUUUGGACACUUUACACGAACAACUGAACAAUGCUUCAUCACUGUAUAAGCGGUCAUACUCUUCCUCCCCUUUACCCGUGGCUUCAUCAUCAUCUUCCUCUCUGCUUUUAUCGUACCCUGGAACCUGUUGCUCUACAGCCAUUACUACAACCUCCUGUGCUGCGUUGCCGUUUUUAGCAACUAGAGAGCAAGUUACAACUGAAGAUGUUGAUGAUGCCAAUGAAAAUGACUUCCAGAGCCCUGAUCUCAAUAACAAAAAUUCCAACAACUCUGUGAUUAAGCAGGAUCUGAUUGCCACAAAUGAAUCAGACUUGCAAAAGACACCUCAAUUCCUUGAGGUUACCCCGUCAUCACUGGUUAGUGAAGCUGGCCUGAGCCCGAGCUACCCCAGUGAAGGCAGUCCCACGAGUGAGGCCUCUGUUGUAGAUUCCGUUGUCACAAGUCCAUCUAGUCAUGGUGAUGUUGCUAGUCAGAAAUCUCCGGAUCACGAGGAGGAAGAUGAGAUAAUAUCCAGCUCCUUCCCUCCCCUGAGAAGGUACACAAGCCGCUCAAACUUGGAUGAUGUGUCGUCCUCAGAUUCUGGCUUGAUAUUAAAGCCGUCUUUAAAAAGGGUGUCCAGUGGGAGCUCUGUGGCCAUCUUCCACUCGGAGGAUAGCAACCACUCUACUGUAUCUGCUCACAGCACUGACUCUGAGCAAAGCAGUGCUUUCAAGAGACUUAAAAUCGAUGCCAUUGAACUGAACAGAAACACAAACAAUAAUCUUAAAGACUGUGUCACGUCUUCAUCUGAUUGCAAGAAAAGCAAAAGCCGAAAGAAUGUUUUAUGUGAAAGUUCCAUCCUUAGAGAAUCUCACGAUGUUCUAGUCAGUAGCAAUGUUGGUUUAUCAUGUCCAUCCAAAGACCUUAAUGUGAUAGACAAUAUGGUUACCUCCUGUCAAGAUAACAUCUGUGUUGACGACAGAUCCCCUUCCUUGGAGCACCCCGAGCUUCAGGCUCAGCUCUCUCCUGGGCUGCAGCACCUGGAUGACUUCUACAGCAAGGAGACCAAGACUCUCAACACAAAUGUCUUGGUCUCUGAAUUUCUGCAAGAGAUCACGUCCGACUCGGAAAAAUUUGCUAAAGUGGACAACCGACAUAGACCUCCUUCCAAAGAAAUCAACAUCCUUCAAGAGGCCUUUGGGGAGGAAGACAAGACUGAAAAGGUUUUGAUCUGUCAAAGGUUCGGAGGAGUGAAAGACACAAACCUCUACGCUCAUUCAACAGCUGUUGUAGUGAAAACUGUGAAAAAUACGGAUCCUAAUGUCCUGAACAAUAGCUUGGAGAGGGAAGUCAUGGAAGUGGAGGCUAUGUCCAAAUUCUCCCCCAGCCAUACUGAGAUGCACAAUGAGGAUGUGCUGCCACUCAAGCUGUCAAGUGACAAUAAGCUGAAUGAGGAGGAGAAGAAUGUACAGAUGCAGGCCUACACCAAGUUCAACACUAUACCAGCACAUAGCAAUAUAAGAACUGAUCUCACUGACACUGCAGGGGAUGCUGAUAGCAUGGAAGUUGAUGAGGUGGAGAGCUCUGAUGAUGAUGAGAUUGAAAUAGCUUCCCACACUUCAGCUGUGGAGUGCUCAUCUGUGCCAAACUGCCUGCGUCACUGUGCACAUUCAGAAGUGAUGAUGGCAAACAGAGCCUGGGAGGAAUAUAAAUCUAAAAAUGACAGUAUAGUUGUCAGUACAUUUCAGGGACAGUUUCGAAGUACUGUGGUGUGUUCUGAGUGCAGUCAUGUUUCUGUUACUUAUGAACCAUUUAUGUAUCUGUCCUUACCAAUACCCCAUGCUAUGGAUCAGCAAAUCUGUGUGGUUUAUAUAUCUCAACACAAACCUCCAGUUAGGUAUCUACUUAAUAUGCUAAAGACUGACAAAAUAGGAAGUGUAAAAAAGAAACUUUGUGAGCUUAUUAGUCAAGAAGAUGGAAAUAUUAUCAUGGCUGAAGUUUUGGACUCGCACAUAUCAAGGAUUUUGGAUGACAACAUUCUGCUAAAGUAUGUCAACACAUUCAGUAGAAAAGUGUAUGCAUUUGAAAUAAUUUCGGCUGACCCUGAGAAUGUUUUGGCAGCAGACUCCAUGUUUUGUGAUCACAUGCUGAACAAUGAUGAGAGCUCACCACUGAGACCUGACAUGGAACUUCCUUCAAGCUCUAGGAGUGAGCUCCCCUACGUGACUGACAGUCAGAUCUCUAAUCAGAGUUUUGAUUCUAUCAACGUGAACUCUCCUAGCAGUAGGGACACACUGGAUUACAUGUUCUCUGACUCAGAAGUUUGUGAGCCCAGCACACGAGAUCAGUCUGAUUUCCCUCCCAGGUAUUUGAAUGACGAAGGUGAAGGAGAAUGUCAGUCGACGUCUGGAGGAAACUCGGAAAGUGGACCUUGGGUGUGUGGGGACUAUUCCCAUAAACGUCUUUCAUGGAGUCUUGAUGACUACGACGAGGGCAUCGGUUCUGUGAGCACAAACACCAAUGUCGCUUCCUCGUCUUCUCAAAAUAUCAGUGACGACAAUAUCAACUCGAACAUCUCAGAGUUUUGGGUUGACAAAAACCCUGACUCCCAAGUGACGGGUGACACAUGUAACAACACAAUCACCAAUGACAAUGACUCUAACAAUGAAGCGACAAGCUCUGAGAGUAUAUCAGAGAACCACUCUAGUGAAGAGCUCUCCAGCCCUUUAGUAGACCUAGUCACAUCACCCACUACAGAUAAAGACAGUCCACGUUUCCCUAAACAGUCUGUCAGCACAGCCACAAGACCAAUCAGCAUCAGCAGCAAUAACCAGCAGCACAUUAGCAGUAGCAGUGGUGCCAGCACCAGCUACAGCGGGGGGAGCAGGAACACAUCCAGGUCAUGCCCCAGCCCAGAAUGUUUCUCCAACAUCCCUGAGCAUGAGGACACCCUGAUGAAUGUGGCAGCCAGGCUGGAGGAGAACCCUGGCUCCUACUUUCUACACCGGAACCCUAAUGAUACGGACUACGGGUACUUUCAGGAAGGAUCCUCUCAUGAUGUGGUAGAAACUUCAGGUGCAUACAAUGAAGAGAAACGAAGUGCCAACUGUGAGGAGUCAGGUACCUUAACAGAUCAGUGGAGAUCCUGUGCUAUUUGUUUAGAGGACUUAAUGGAGACUGAGCUGUUGACUCAUGUCAUGUGUGAUGGGGUGUUCUGUCAAAAUUGUUUAGAGAUGUCUGUCAAGCACACAGCAGAUGUCUCAGCAUUUUGCUGUCCUAUUUGCCUUCAACCUGCAAACACAUAUGAGGACUUUGUUCCUCUAGCCAAUGCUUCUGUUACAAAACCUAAAAUCAGGACCCUCCCAAUGAGCAUCGCCUACCGCCACAAUGUGCGAGACAACACAGGCACAGAGACACUCCAGCUUUUCGGCCACCCCAGCAUUCUUCACAUGCCCAGCAUUAUCACUGGAGACACUCUGUACAGCCUUGUGGAUCGCAUUAUCAGCCCACUGCAUUCAACUUACUCUAUCAAGUUGACUGAUGGACAGGGUCUGACCUGUUCCCGAUGUACAUACUCCCAGCACUGCUCAGGUUGUGAGGUAGCCAGGGAUGGGGAGGUAACCCUACAGCCCUCAGAUUGCCUGACUGUUCACAUAGGUGAUACACUCUCACCUGACCAGGUGUGUGAUUCCCAGUUUGUACAUGAGGAUGUCUCUAUGGCUGGGCUCAGAUCCUCUGAGCCUACAACUAUCAUGGAUUGCUUUGGUGCUUUCACGCAAAGUGAAAUAUUAGAUGAACAUAACCCAUGGUACUGCCCUCAGUGUGAGAGGAACCAGUGUGCCAAGAAGACAAUGACUGUGUGGAGGUAUCCUGACAAUCUGAUUAUACAUCUAAAGAGGUUUGUUUAUCAAGACCUUUCCAGUACAAAAGUAGAUACAAAGGUGAUUUUCCCCCAUGAAGGAAUGGACGUCAGAGGUUUUCUUUCUGGUCCCAGUUCUUCUGGUCUUGUUUAUGAUCUUUACAGUAUCGUGUGCCAUUUUGGUGGGGCUAGUGCUGGUCACUACACCUGCUACUCAAAGCACCCGCUGACCACUGAGUGGUACUAUUACAAUGAUGAAACAGUCACUCAACAGAUGCCAUCUGACAGUGAAUACAGCAGUGGAUAUGUUCUGUUCUACCAGAGGCAAGGUACAGAUGUAGACCUGACACCUCCACAGAACAUCCCCUGUUUUGAUGAGCCCACAGACAACCCAGCUGUUGCCUCAUUCAGCUCUCAGAGCAACCCUCAGACCAACCCUGGUGCUAACACCAUGGCUCUUGUCCUCUUCCAGCCACCUACAACAUCGGGUCAGAAGGACAGGGUUGAUGAAGACGACGACUAUGAUAGUGAGAGGAGGUGCUCACCUUGCGAGGACGAAUCUUUGACUGUUCACUUUGGUUCAACAUUUCCUGAAUCCCAGGACAACUUUGAUGAGAAUGAGGCAGAGGCUGAUGUAGCUGUUGAUGAUAAAAAUGAUGAUGACAGAAAAAGCCAAGUGGCAGAACCAGACAGUACACUGGACUUCUAUUCUUAAAGUAUUGACCCCCUCCCCCCCAUGCAUUGUACAGACUGCAGCAAUGACAUCCUUGUGUUAAAUGAUCUCAUUACCUACCAGUUUUUACAUCCAAUGUGUAUAUCAAUCUUGCGCUGACAGGUAGUGACUGGUGAACAGUACAGAACUUUAUACUUGCAUGACAUAAAAACAGAGGAAAACAUUUUUAUGACUUCAAAAUAAACAUCAGAUUUCUAACUGCAUUUGAUGUCCAUCAAAAGUAAAUAUGUUGUCCUUACAGAUCAGCCUUUCAUGACUUUUAUGAGUUCAUGUUAAUUUCUUAUUUAAUUGCACAGGUUUAAUGGAUAUUUAUUUGAAUUUAAAAAAUUAUUUUCUAGCUUUUUUGCAUUAAAAAAAAGCAUUGAGAUUGUGUUUCAACAAGUAUGGUAAUAAAAAGCGAUAACAACAUUCCUUACUCUUUAUCAACUUUAAAGUAAAAUUUAAAAUGCCGUGAUUUAAGAAGUGUAUAUUGUUGAGAUCAAGUAGGCUACCUACUAAUAAACAAUGUUUGUUUUUAAAAAAAUAUAAUUUUUACUAGGUAAAAUUUUACUUGGUGAAGUUUGGAGUUUGUAGUGUACAGUGUAAGAUAUUUUAAACAAAUACCUUCAUUUUUAAAACUUUCAAACUUUGGCUAAUAAUAAAAUUUUACUGAAUAAAAAUUUCUGUAAGUUUUCUUAAGUUUGGACUUGUUUCUGUUUAAAAAAAAUUGACCGCAAUACCAAUUCUUAACAGCUUUCUGACACAUCAAAACUAACCAAUGACUUGGAUUUGUAAUGUUAUUGUUUUGUGCAUUUGAUUUUGCGACUACAGCUAUUUGUCUUAUUUUUUUUUAGAUUGGCUCAUGAAGGCUUAGCAUGAUUGCUUUAGUUCUGUUACAGAACGCAGACCUUUACUAAUGUAUAUAUUUGUAAUAUAUGUAUCAUUGCCAUAUUUUACAUCAUCUCUGAGGCUUUUAAAGUUAACAGAGCUGAGUUGCUUGAACUAUUUAUGUUGUGUAUUAUGUUUUGGUUUAGGAUCUUUUAGAUUAUCUAUGAAUUUGUAUAGUAAUUUCUCAUGUUUUCUGUAUUCUAGGACCGUUUGAAGUUGCAAAGUACUUAAGUGUUAGCUUAUCUUCACAGACAGUAGAGCUUCUCUACUUGCAUAGCUAUGUUAGGAAUUUAAAAUGAUAGAAUAUUUCCUUUACUUGUUUGUUACAAGAUUUAUUUUUAUUACUAUUAGCCUCACUUAGUAAACUUAGUUAUGACAAUCAUAAAUGUUUUUAAUCAAGGUCUUGAUAAUUUAAAAAAAAUUAAAUAUUGUUAAAGAUUUUUUUUGUAACCAAAUUGUUUGGUGUUAAGACCUUGAUAGCAAACAUUUGUUGGGUAGUUGGCUACAAUGUUGUAAGACCACCAACACUUAAUCAUUUCUCUAAAAUAUUUUGUGUUUUUGACAAUCAGAAGACAAAAAAAAAAAAAAACGGCUCAAGACUUGUGUGUAUCGUCUGUCUUGUUUGUGAUUCCAUUUAUGUCAGGGAUUUAUAGAGGGAAAACUAUUGAAAAGGCAUAUCACAUUCCAUUCAUAGAUUUCAAAGGGACAUAACUGGGCUCAGGGGAGACUACUAUCGAGAUUAUAAAUUAAUUUAUUUUUGUAUGAGCCUUUUUUUAAUACAGAUAUUACUUGUUAAAGACUUGAUUUACUGAAUAGGUAUAUGCAUAUUUUUCAUUACAAUCAAUAUUGUCUUAUCAGACUUAAACCC